UUCACUGGCGUUCUUGUCUGUGUGAUGUUGCGACUGUAACUGGCCAUUUUCUGUACAAAAAUGGAGCUUUCAAUUUUUGAAUACAAAUAAAUACACAAAUCAGUACGAAGGAAGUAAGAGGUCUUUCUUUGCUGAGUACUGAUGAAAGUGUUUCGUCUUCACUGCGAGCAUUAAAUUACGAGAUUCCAGAGCCAACACUGCAAUGUGAUGACGAGUGAACUUACCUGACUACUGUUCGUGCACAGAAAGGUUCUGUAUAGAUCGUGGAUAUUGUUUCAGUUCGAACUGCAGCAAAAUCAGUCGUCAAAGAUGCCUCCAACAUCUCACGAGAAACGCAAACCGGAAGCCAAUUUCCCGCGAAUCACAGUUGAGCCAAUAGUUCUACUCUUCUUCGUGUCCUACAGUAUGAUAGUCACUCUACGUACAGAGUACGUCACGCUACGAAUUUCAAACGGACUCGAUGACACAAAGGGUUCCAGGGCCGCCGUGCUCGGAUUGGACGAGACGAUGUGCCUCCACUACAGCAGUAACCUAUCAGUGCGCGAUCUAUAUUCAGAGACCCAAUCACGAGCGUCCUUCUGGCUGCUCUUGUUAAAUCUAUUCCAAGUUGUACCGUCGAUUCUAAGCGCGCCUCUGAUUGGAAUGUGGAGCGACUUAGGUGGUCGGAAACGCGCCAUGGUAAUCCCGAUCAUCGGCUAUCUGAUUGGCUCGUUGGUAUGGAUCUAUGUGACGUAUACGAAUUCAAAUCUUUGGUACCUCCUAUUGGCUGAAUUCUUCUUAGGCAUCGCUGGGGAUUUCUCAGCUCUGCUUGCCGUGUGUAAUGCAUACCUAGCCGAUAUAACAUCAGAGCGGGAACGGACGUUUCGACUCAUCAUGGUCGGGAUCACCAUCGAGCUCGGCACUGGGGCGUCUCAAAUAGUCGUCGGGUACUGGGUGGUACGGCAGGGCUUCGGAGUUCCCUUCUGGUUCAUCGUGGCCGCCAUGUUAGCAAGCCUCCUCUACAUCUCAUUCCUCAUGAAGGAAUCUCGUAAGACAACGGGAGGCUUAAAAGACCUGGAACUCUUCAACAAUCGCCUACUGGAUGAUGUCUAUGGAAUGUUUAUGCGCUACAGUAAAGAUCACCGUCGGCAACUGGUUUUCUUCAUGGCCGUUCUGGGCCUCCAUAUGAUGAUUCUGUACACAGCAUUCCUGCUGGUGCUGUUGUAUGUACUUAGCCCGCCCCUCUGUUGGACAUCUAUAACGGUGGGAUAUUACGUGGCGUCGGCUCUCCUGCUCGGAUCUAUAGGAACCUUGCUUGGCGGGAAAAUAUUCAACAUGUGCGUGGACGAUCUGGGAGUAAUUCAGCUUGGAUCGAUUUCCUUCGCUGCAAGCCUCGUUUUAGUUGCGUUUAGUAAGACGACAACUAUUCUCUUUAUUGCUGGACUUUCCGGUUCGUUCCGGUUUUUGGUUUCUCCCGCGGUUCGUUCCAGGUUAUCCAAGCUCGUGGAUGAAGAAGAUCAAGGUGCGAUGUUCUCUUUGGCCAGCAGUAUUGAGAGUAUGGGCCAUUUGAUUGGUCCACUUUUAUUCAAUGUGAUGUACAGUUUUACAACGUACCACUUCCAAGGGACGACGUUUCUUGUCAUGGCGUCCAUUUACGCGCCGAUUUGCAUCAUGAUAGGAUACUAUCAGUGGAGAGGAUGGCGGUCUGGUUUGCUGAACGUCCGCCGCGAAGAUCCAACGCAACCAGAUACAGAACGACUGUUGACACCAUAAAACCUUGCACGAGUUCGGAUGAGUUUAAAUCGUUGAAUAUUCAUGUCAUAAAUGACAUCACCUGUAUCAGAGGAGCAGAGCUGCAUUAAUUAAAGAACCGUGGACACUAUUGGUAAUUGUCAAAGAGCAGUCUUCUCACUAUAGGUGUGUCUCAAC